AUGGAAAGUAAGAAAAUCAAAAUGUCACAGGACGCAGACGAUCUCAAAGAGACGCUCAAUGAUGUCGACGACGGGGACAGCAGUUUGAACACGUUGACCGAGGAGGACAUCCAGAAGCUCAUCUCCAGCAGCAAGGAGGCCAUGAAGUAUGCCUACUGUGAGUACAGCAAUUUCAGGGUCGGAGCCGCUUUGCUGGCGGAGGAUGGGAGUAUAUUUACAGGAUGUAAUAUAGAAAAUGUAUCCUACUCGUUGACCACUUGUGCGGAAAGAACCGCCAUUUUUAAAGCGGUGUCUGAAGGUCACAGAAAAUUCAAGGCUAUAGCAAUUAGUAGCGAGGUGAAGGACAGCUUUACAUAUCCAUGUGGUGCCUGUCGCCAGGUGAUGAUUGAGUUUGGCCAGUAUGAUGUGUAUGUCUCCAGACCUGACUCAGCAUGGCAGCACACAACCACACAAGAGUUAAUUCCCCAUUUCUUUUCAAAAAAAGCUCUUCGAUCCGUUCAGAAGGCAAAGAUCCAAAACUAA